CGGCAAGAGGGUUCGCUGGCUGCCCCUAAAAAAUCAAAAUUUUUCCCAUCUGGCCAAUUGUCCUGCACCACGAAUUCCUGCCUGCCUUGUCUUCCCCAGCCUGGUGAGGAGUGUGGGAAUAAAAUGAAAAAUAGCUCAAACCUGCAGCGAUAUCGCGCGCGGUGUUGAAUGAAACUUGUGUACGAAGCAGGUGCAACCUAAUUGACAUGCUCGACUAAUUCUUCAUUCUUUUCCACCUCAAAUGGGGUACUCUGUUCAAAGGGGUUGGAGGGUUACGUCACAAUGACCAGCGUCCACGUAGUGCACGAAUAUAGCGCCAUUGUCCUGUACACUCAUCGACCGGAGCUCGUGGACUCUCCAAAAAAAAUCUCCACUCAAGUGCCUUUUCCUGUUUUUUUGCUCAAAACUUUGGGUUUUUUCCUCUAAAUUUCCACCAAAGAAAAAUCAACAAAUUCCCAAAGUGCCUCAAGAAGUUAAUUUUUGUGAAUUUUCCGGUGUUCAAAACGGUGCAAAAAUCCCGCGAGUUUGAUUAAAACAAAAUAAAAAAAGGACGUUGAGUUCAUAUUGUGAUCGGCAUUGAAAUGGAGUUUGGUUGAGAAAAAUCUUCCUGUUGUACCACAAAAAAUAUUCCCAACAACGAACUUUGUGUGAAAAUCUUUGAGAAAAAUCCUCAAUUUUCUUGGUGAGAAAAGUUGUGCAAUAUUCGGUGAAAAUGGUGUGAUUGUGUUUGAAAAUUCAAAAUGGUGGAAAAUUUGCAAUGUCCGCUUUGAGUUGAAUUUUCUCCCAGGCGACAUUUCACGGCAAAGAAAAACCUUUUUUGAAGGCGUGGGGAUUGAGGAAAAUUCCAUUGCUGAAAAAAAUCCACAAAUGAAAACCCCCCAAUGAUGGCCAAAGAUGAAACAAAGAACGCAGAAAGUCAAUCAUCAGCAAAGGAGGACAGUUACCAGUUUGAUGAUGAUGAGAAUGAAUUGACAAACCUCAAUUGGUUAACAGAACUCAAAAAUGGCUACAUGCAACUCGCUGAUGGGCCCGUCCUUGACAUCCCCAUGACGCGCUUCAAUAAAUUUCUCGAUGAGCUCAGAUCGGAUCGUGAUAAGUACAAGGAAAAUGAGGAGUACUACAAGAUGAAUUCGCAGACAAAACCACCCUUCAACUAUGCUCACCUCAUUGGGAUUAGUUUAAUGGAGAAUGGCCGGAUGACGCUGCAGCAGGUUUACGAUUGGAUACAGUCGAAUUUUGCCUACUACCGUCUCUGCAAUACCAACUGGCAGAGCUCCAUCCGGCAUAAUCUAUCCCUCGGGUACUUCUUCAAGAACACAGCCCGCGGGGGAAAUGAGCGCGGCAAGGGUGGCUACUGGGAAUUGGCGCUUGAUUCGCGGAAAAGUUACAAGAAACGCCACAAGAGGGCCAAGAAAGCGGCUGAGAAUGAGAACAGCGCCACCGUGAAGCCACCUGGUCGCUCAUUCCUACGUCGCGUGAAGAUGAAGACAGCGCCCAAAGGACGCUGUGCGACGAAUGAGAAGACAAAUGGCAUUCCCGGUAGCUCUAGCGCCGCUGUCCCGGAAAUUGCUGGCCAGGAGGCGCUUGCCACAACGAAUGUUGCCAAAGACACCCCAAGUCUCCUCUUGGUGUCCACAGAUGAUGUUACGCUCAAUUCAAAGAUUUUUGCAGAAAACGAAGUGCCUCAGCCCGUGGACGAUGUUGAAAUUCCCUACUUCAUCAACACAAACUCCCCCAAUGUCAUUGUAGAGCCACUACCCUACAACUUGCCACCCCUUGAUGACUACAACUUUGCAUCCUCCUUCAAUGAGCAACGAAUCUUUGAGGAUUUACUGGAGUAUGAGAAUGAAUUGCUGUAGAGAGACGUAAUUUGUGAUCUCCCCCUCCGGAAGCCUCCUUCCGGACACCACGAAGAGCCUUUUCAACGACGUUUCAGAGGAAAUUCUCUUAACAGAUACGAUAUUUGCUGUUGCAAGCAACGAAAGUUAGUUCUUGAGAGAAAAUUCAGUUUUUAUUUCAUUCUGGGUGUGAUUAAAGGAUUUUCACAUAAA